GUUUCUCCCUAUAGCCUAGCCGUCCCACGCUGCGGGACCCCUCGAACACCCACAGAACCCUGUAUUCUAGGCUGCUGGAAAACCCCCAGGACCGACCCUCCGCCGCCAUCUGCUUGCUGGCUAGGUCGCCCCAGCCUCCACCCACUCCUAGACCAUGAAUUUCAAUUCCAACAGUGGCCAGAACACGCCCAACGCACACCCGCCGCGCUUGCUGCAGCAACAACAGCAGCAGCAGCAGGAACAAUAUGCCGCCGCGGCCGCCCGCCACAGACAGAAAAUGGCGAUGUUGCCGCCGCAGUUCCAGAACCUCACUCCUCAGCAGCUCCAGGACCUCAAGAACCAGCCGCAGUUCCAGAACAUGCUCCGCCAGUAUUUGCAGCGGCAGCAGAUUAUGCAGCAGCAGCAGAUGAUGCAGCAGCAGCAGAUGAUGCAGCAGCGCAUGAUGGCCGCGGGCCAGGCGCCCCCACAGAAUGGGGCCUUGGCAAUGGGCCUGGGCGCCGGUCAGGCCUUGAAUCCCGGGAUGGGCCCGGGGCUUGCCCCGGGCCUCGGCCAGGGCAUGAGCCCGACGCUCGGCUCUAAUGCGGCCGACUUGUCGCCCAGCGUCAACUUGGCGCAGGGGCCGGAUUCGGCCGGCUUCAAGCCGUCCAUGAGCCCGCAAAACAACACCCAUGCAAUGCAGCAGAUGGGCAUGGGGCAGUCCGGCAUGGCCCAGCAGCAAAUGUACAAUAAGAACCAACAGCAGCAACAACAACAACAACAACACCAACACCAACAGCACCAACAACAACAACAACAACAACAACAACAACAACAACAACAACAACAACAACAACUUCAUCGACAGCAACAGCAGCAACAGGCGCAUAAUGUGAUCCAGCUGCGGGCACAGUCGGUCCUGGCUCCCCAGGGCCUGACGCAGGCCCUUCACCAGACACAGCAGCUGGCGUACACGACGCAGCAGACGGGCCAUCCGCUGCAAAUCGGGCACAUGCCUGUGGCUCAGCCAAUCAACCAGCAAGCCAUGGGCCACCAGCAGUACAGUCAACAGCAGCUCCAGCGGAUGCAGCAGCUCCAGCAGCAAAACGCGCAAAACAUACAGAACGCCCCGCCCAGCGCAAGCGCUACCCCGGCAGUCAUGCAUAGACAGGCCCCGGGCACAAUGAGCGGCAUGGCCGAGUUGCGGCUGGCUGGGUCGGGCGUGCCUCACAACCUGCAGAUUGCCAACCCGUCGUUCAUUCAGCAGGGACUCGCACAGCGCCCUCACGAUCCACAGUCUCUCCAGAUAGACGGCCCUGGCCCGCAGAACAUGUCGCAGGCCGCUGCUGCUGCUGCGGCGGCUGCUGCCGCCGUCAAUAGGAGCCACCUCAAUGGCGCUCACGGCCCAGGCGGGCUAGAGGCAGCUUCUCUACUCGGAAAGGCCGUUCUUCCAACGCCGCGUUCUCAAGUGAAGCCCAAAACCGCCCCACACGGCACAGAGUUGGCCCUAGAAAAGGUGGAACUUCCCCCUGGCUUCGCCCCGGACUCUUUGUCGAAAGUCGCGAUGAGGCCAAUGAGCUCUCUCACAGAGUGGUCUGAGAAGUUGAAAGCAUCUGGCACAGAGGUCCCCUUGGAGGUGAAGCUCUAUGAGGAAGUGAUAAAGAAAGACGAUGCGUUCUUGCGUGCCGCUGGGCACCAAGAUAUGAUGAACAAGGAAUUGAUCACCCAAAUGUCUCGCGAUAUCAAGAGUUACAAUGCAAUCAAGCAGCUCCGAAUGGCGUCCAUUGCUGCGUCCGCAAAGAACCAGUUCAACAACAGCAUCUGGGGUGAAGGCUACCUGGGCUACGGGAACGGCAUAAGCAACACGGCUACCCAGGUGAUUCUUCCCGCACAGAACAAAUCAUUUCUGAAAGUUCCGGAUGUUCGUUGGACAGACGCGGAAAUCAGCGCCUUGGUCAGGAAAGCCCACUCCUCGCGAAAGCCCCGCCAUCUUGUUCCCAUCAGAUUGGAUUUUGACCAGGAGAGAGACCGCUUCAAACUCCGCGACACGUUCUUGUGGGAUCUCAAUGAUGAAACGUUGCCCCUCGAAAAUUUCGUGAAGCUCUUGAUUGAGGAUUACAAAUUCAUUUCCGAGAGCCAUUUCCACAACGUUUACCAGGCAAUCACCGAGCAAAUAAAGGACUACAAAGCAAAGCCAGAGAAAAGUAUGGGUGAAAUUCGAGUGCCGAUAAAGAUAGAUCUUUUGAUCAAUAACACUCAGUUCACAGAUCAAUUCGAAUGGGAUAUCCUCAAUGCCCAAGACAACGACCCUGAAGAAUUUGCCACUGUUCUUUGUGAUGAAAUGUGUUUGCCGGGUGAAUUCGCGACUUCUAUUGCCUUCAGCAUUAGAGAACAAACUCAACUCCAUAAUAAAGCCUUGUUCUUAAUUGGAUACAGUUUUGACGGAUCCCUGAUUCGCGAAGAAGAAAUCAAAUCUAACUUGGCCCCACCGUUGCGAAUAAUCAAUUCCGAGCCGGGACAGGGACAAUCAGAAGAUUUCGUCACAACUUUGAGAAACCCAGCUCUGCUUGCCGAGUACUCGCCAGCUAUGACUAAGCUCUCACAACUGGAAAUUGAGAAGCUAGAUAAAGAAAUGGAGCGCGAAUCUCGCAGGAGAAGAAGACAUUUCAACAAUGAAAAUACCUUCAGCUACAACGAGAAUAUACCUAAUCUGUUCGCAUCGCAGGGUCUGAGUCGCGGAACGGCCUCCAGGAGAAGUGCUCUCCAUUCUGGAAGGGGAGUCAAAACCACGUUGCCUGAUCUUUCGGACAUGCCAAAAACGUUUCGCACGCCAAUGCCUUCCAGUGUGCUUCCUGGCGGAAUUGAUUUGGGGGUUCCAGCUAUCUAUGGAUACAAUGAGCUAAUCAUCAACCGCUCCCAGGUCAAAAACCCAGAUUACAAAGCGCCAGCGCCUCCAGGGAUGGUCACUUCAUUCCGUGAUACGGCUGGCUCGUUCUUUGUUAAGAUCAAAUAUCCGAAGCGCUAGCUAUGGCGAGAUUGCAUUUGACUGCAUGCCAGAGUGAAAUCAUAUUGGAGCUCAAUCACGAUGCACAUGCCCAAAAGUAAAUAUGCAUGUUGGGAACUUUGAUUCCUGGAUUAAGCCUCUCUUUGGGCAGUGAGCAAAAAUGUAUGUUUCUUUUGUUGUAUUCUAAUUCACUAAUGUAUAAAUAUUUGUAUAAAACCUGAUAAAAUAUACAAGGUUG